CUUCACUCUAAAAUUUAAAAGAAAAAGAAGUUUUGACGGUGUCUUCUUCACUACACCUCACAAAGAAAUAUAACCAUGGAGUGACGAGUUACCGAAUAUUCCGUUGAUACGAGAACAAGCAUGUAAUACGAUUAUUCUAUAAUCUGAAUGAGUUUCCAACUUCAAAGGAACCACUCAUCAUUUCAACUCUUAAUUGACUUUAAAGUUAGAGGCUUUUCCCCUCACUGAUUCACAAACCUUCAAAAAAACAGCUUUACUUUGGGUUGGAAUUGAAGGCAUGGCUGUGUCAUUGAACCCUUUUUUAUCAUGGAACAUGUGGGGUAGUGUUGGUGGUAGGAGGAAAAAAGAGAAAGAGGCUGUGUCUAAUGGCUCUUCUCUGAAUCCAUCAACAAAUUCGGAAUGGAAUCUUGGUUUGGUGAAGGAAAACAACAAGGUUACACAACCACGACCACAUAGGAAGGUUAGAAGGAAAAGACAGGACAAAAGGGAAGAGACGGGAAUCGAUAGAGAGUUUGAUGGUGUGUUUGUGGCAUCUGAUGAUAGUGGUGAUUGGUGUUUCUUGUCUGGUUCUGAAUCUGAUGACUCCGAUUGGUCUAUUGGGUGGUUGGAACCUCUUGGUUCUGAUUUUGAAAGCAGUGAUAAUGAUCGUGAUGAUGAUGAGUCUGGUGCUGAUAGUUUUGCUGUUUUGGUUCCUUGUUAUACACCUGGCUGCAAAGAGGUUGAAGGAACAAACAAGGUGCUUUUGAGUGCCCUUAAGAAUCUCCCCAAUGGAUUUGCUUCAGAUGGGAAGAAUUACAUGGAACAAUGGCUGGCUUCUCUUCAAGGUUUUGGAGCUUAGUAAGAAAAAACAACUUCUUCACAAUGAUGGUCCUUGCUAACAAACUGCUUUUUUUCUCUCUCUGUCACUUUUCUCUCUCUAGGUGUAGAAAAUACUACCAAAGUUAUUUUAUUUUUUGGAAGGGCAUUAGAAUUCUAAUCAUUGAUAAACUGAUACAUUUGGGACAUUUAUGUUAUUUAUAUUCAUUAAUGCUGCAAUCUGCAUUUGGCAUAAAAUGAAGAUUUUUUCACUA